AACAAAAGAAUAUUAUUAGUAUCUAGACCAUCUGGAAAGGCAACACCUGACAAUUUUAAGUUGGAGAAUAAUUCUCAAUUGUCAACGGUACUUAAGGAUGGAGAGGUGUUGGUACAAGUGAUAUACUUGUCACUGGAUCCAUACCUAAGAGGAAGAAUGAAUGAAGGAAAGGCAUCAUUCGCUGGUGCAUCAGUACCACUAGACUCUGUAAUGAUUGGUGGAACAGUGGUCAAGGUGAUCGAUUCCAAGUUACCCGGCUACGUACCAGGUGAUUGGGUAGUAUGUAACUGUGGAUGGCAACAGUACUCUGUCACUACACCCAAAGACCAUGACCUCUUUGUCAACCUGGGCCAGAACCCUGUCAACCCAUCCUACGCCCUGGGCAUCCUUGGACUGACUGGAUUCACUGCCUACAUGGGUCUGCUCGACAUUGGCAAUCCACAGCCUGGAGAGACAGUGGUGGUUGGUGCUGCCACAGGUCCAGUUGGCGCCACCGUCGGCCAGAUCGCCAAGCUCAAGGGAUGUCGUGCCGUUGGAAUAGCUGGAGGCAAAGAGAAGUGUGACUAUGCCAAGUCGAAUGGAUUCGAUGACUGUGUAGAUCAUACUGAUCCAAACUUUGCCGAGUUGAUCCACAAGGCCUGUCCAAAAGGAAUUGAUGUCUACUUUGAAAGUGUUGGUGGCAAGGUCUUUGACACAGUACUACCCCUGAUCAACACAAAGGGUCGCAUUCCAGUCUGUGGAGUGAUCUCCAACUACAACUCGUCCGAACCACCCAAGGGACCAGACCGUGUGCCAAUGCUCGAAUCAACCAUUCAUCGAAUGCGUCUAAGAAUGCAAGGAUACAUGAUCUACGAUGACUAUGGACACAGGUACAACGAGUUUUACGAGGCUAUGAGUGCUUGGGUUCAACAAGGCAAGAUCAAGUACUUGGAACAAAUGAUCGAUGGUUUGGAACAUGCACCAGAGGCACUCAUCGGUCUGUUUGAGGGUAAGAACUUUGGAAAGUUAGUCGUAAAGGUAUCAUCAGAG